AAAGACACAUUAAGGGAACAAACGAGCUUUUUUAUUUUUUGUGUUUUGUUCUCGAAAAUUUUUCUCUCUCUUCCCCUUGCUCUCUCAAUUCUCAAAAACCCUAAAUUUUUUUGGGCUCGCCCUUUUGCUUCAUCAAUCGAUCCUCGUCAAUGGCCAACAGUAAUCUCCCGCGAAGAAUUAUCAAGGAAACUCAACGUCUCCUCAGUGAACCAGCACCUGGAAUUAGUGCUUCACCAUCAGAAGAUAACAUGCGAUAUUUCAAUGUGAUGAUUCUUGGUCCCACACAGUCUCCAUAUGAAGGAGGGGUUUUCAAGUUGGAACUAUUUUUGCCUGAAGAAUAUCCCAUGGCUGCUCCCAAGGUUCGAUUUCUUACAAAGAUAUAUCAUCCUAACAUUGAUAAGCUUGGAAGAAUAUGCCUUGAUAUUCUCAAAGACAAAUGGAGUCCAGCUCUCCAGAUCCGAACUGUACUUCUGAGCAUUCAAGCACUUCUAAGUGCCCCAAAUCCUGAUGAUCCACUCUCUGAGAACAUUGCUAAGCACUGGAAAACAAAUGAGGCUGAAGCGGUUGAGACAGCAAAGGAAUGGACCCGUUUAUAUGCAAGUGGUGCAUGAUGACGGGUGCAAACGAUUGCCCUUUUCAAAUAACUUUCUAUGCAAUGUAAGCUAUUCAAUGUCAAUUUGAUAUGGAAAUUUGGAAGAAUUGAUGUUUUAAAGAGUUUGAUAUCUAUCAAAAGCUUCCAGUUGCUACCUGUUAAUUGUUUUCCUUGUUGGAAGCAGUCUCUGAACUUGUAUGAUAAUAUAUACCUUGUUCUCUAAAACUCUCAAAUGCUGAACUAAGUGAUUAUUCUCAAAUAUAGCUCUAUUUCAGAUUCCA